AUGAUGUGCGAUAGUCCCAGUUCAAAUCAAACAACCGAGCAUGGAUCUAAUAAGGAUACUACUGUAGAAGAGGUUAUGGAAGAUAAUAAGUUUAAUCUAAACUUCAUAUUUGAUGACGGUCAAUUGCGCAAUUCAGGUGAAUAUGCCGGAGAUGUCGAGCAUGAUGUAAAUGACUGUAAUAAGGACAUACUGGAUGAUAUUGUAACAGAUAAUUGUUUGGAUAUGUUACAAAAUGGCUCAAAUAAAGGUUCCAGUAACUUAAAUAACGUAAGUGAGAUUUCGGAGUCGGACACUGUUCAUAUGCCGAUAGUGCAAGAGGAUAACCCUUUCGUAGAACAUCGACUAGAAAGAGAGCUGUCACAAUUAAAGGCCUCUACGGAGAAUCGCUUCAUGGAAUCUAAAUCAGACAGCAUAGAUAAGGAGUCUUAUGAAGGAAUAUCGCAACCGCCGUCUAAGUCUCAGAAUUCAAGGGAUGAAGGCAACGAUUUUAUAUCAAACAGUAAUGAAAGUAGUGUAAGCAUUCGGGAGAGGUUGUUUCCUCUUUCUGUCGAAAAAAGUCUACAUGCUUCAGAGAAAAUAAAGAUUUUAGAGGCAUCCAAGGUUUCUGAAGGGCAGGGAAGGUCCCAUAUUACUUACACAGUUAAGUUUGGUGAUAAAAUAGUCAGAAGGAGAUACAGCGAAUUCGAGAGCCUAAGAAAAUUACUAAUAAAGCUAUUUCCAAUGAGUUUAAUACCACCAAUACCAGAGAAGCAAUCAUUGACCAGCUAUGGGAAGGCUAUAACUGGAUCUGACUUAAAUUACAUAUUGCCUCCAGAAACGGAUGGACGGGUUGAUUUAGGUACAUCUGUCAUUGAUGGAAGUGUUGGAAACACUGACCAGAAGUUAGUACGACACAGGAUUAGGAUGUUGACUAGCUUCUUGAACAGGUUAUUGAAUAAUAGCGAAAUAUCCAAGACUUCAAUUAUUAGUGAUUUUCUCGAUCCUAAUAAUACGAACUGGAAUGAUGUAAUGACAAGUUCAGCAGCAAUCUCAUCGUUACCUAAGAAUGUACUUCGAUGUAAUCCAUUGGAUCCUACUAACACAACAAGGGUUCAUGCAUUUUUACCAAUUCCAUCAUCCCCAUCGACCCAAAUCUUAAAGGGCAAAGACGAAGUAUCUACCUCAGUAGAUUUUCACCCUGAUGAUCUGGCAUUCUUUCAUAUUGAACAUGACUACAGAAAAUAUGAGCAUAUAUUGCAGACAGGCAUUUAUAAAUACAGCAGGAGGAUUACAAAAUCGUUUAACGAAUUGAAGCAAGACUUCAGAGAGCUAAGUGAUGCAUUUGCUGAGUUCGCUGUAGACGAAACUCAGAGUUCCGAAAUUAAAGAGUUACUUUCACGUUUGAGUGCGUCAAAUACGGCUACAGUAACUGCGUUAGAAUCAUUGGUGAGCAGGCUAUACUAUAAUAUUAAUGAGCCCUUAUGUGAGGUUGUGCUAAUGAUAGGGGCAGCACGAGAGUUAAUACAAUAUAGGAAAAUGAAAUUUAUACAGAGAGACAUCUUGAAGAGGACAUUGCUAUAUAAAAACGGACAGUUGCGGAAAUUUCAGGAGCAAGAAGAAGAUGCUAAAAGGACCAAUCAGAUGGCAUCAAGAGAAUUGUCAGGCGAUCGAAGAAUAAACCUACAGAGAAUACCAGAACCGAAUACACAAACAUACAAGGGCAAAAUAUUCAAUAAUAUCAACAAAUUGGCGCAUAUAGUGAAAGAAACAGUGAAUUAUCAGGAUCAAGACAACAAGGCCACUAUUCCUUCGGUCCAACGUGACAUUGAACAAAUAGGAGAAUCGUUAGAUAUUAGUGAGAGUGAUUUAAAAGUAAUUACAGAAACUAUUAGGGAUGAGCAAUUACCGAAGUUUUCGCGUGAAAAGGAUGAAGAAAUAUUUGACAUUUUAAAAAAUUACUCUAAGUACAUGAGGGAGUUUGCCGAACAGAAUUUGAUCGCAUGGAAGGAACUUAAGAACAUGGAACAGAGUGCGUGA